AUGGGCAAGAAGAAGUCAAGUAACAAAGAAGCCGCGAGGAAGCGCUUCCCUGUUGGCGAACAUUCUAGCAAAAGGCAAGAAUUAAAGGAAAUUUUCUUGGCUAAAAAUGCAAGCCUGAAAGUUGCAAAAAAAGAUAUUGAUAAGCUUUCAAAGAGGGUAAGUACUAAGUGUUCAUCAAACUCUACAUCUACACUAAUCUUUCAGUUAAUUUAAGACUGCAGUGGAUUUCUUGGUGCAUUAAGGUAUGAUAGAUAUAAGAAAUAAUUAAAAUAUAUAUUAAAUGCAUUGGUUCAGCAGCAUUGGUUCAGCAUAUACUAUAAAAAUAUCAUAAACUGUAUAGUAAUUAGCAAAAAAUGUUCUUCUGCAGAUUAAAAGCCAUAAAGAAAAAAUUGGGUUGCUCAGUGUAGAAGAACAGUCCUUGCAAGGGAAAAGGAGGAAACUUGAAGACAAAAAGAUCAAUAAACUACGAGCAAGUCUGAAAAUGAAUUUGACCGUAAGACGAAAAGCACCCUCAAAGUUAGAUCCACAUAACUCAGAGAAACUUCAAUGUUCUCUCUCAGUUCUGUCAAACAGAAGAAGACGAAAAGAAACCUUAGAUGUCUGUCAGAGUCUACAUGGGGAUGCCGAAGGUAACUAUGGAAGUGUCUGGCAAAUGUAAGCUUUGCUAGUUCAGAGUCCAGUACCUUGAUAGUAUUUUGUAAAUGAAACUGCCCAAGGCCAGACAUUUUCAAAACAUUUGAAACCAGUGAUCUAAAACAUUGUAGCUAGAUUAAGACUGAUGUCUAUUUGAAAUUACGGCUUUAUGAAAGGAUACUAAGAUGUGUACUGUAUCUGUAUAAUGUGGCUUUUGGUUUUCUUAACCCAUUUACCGGCAGUACGUACUCUACCACUGACGAGUAAAAUCGUCUAGCGUUAGACAGAGUAAAUACUAAAGUAGGGCGCACUGCCAGCUAACAGGUUAAUUGACCUCACAUCCUUGGCGUGCGGUUUACUAGCUAAGACCCAGGAGGAGAAGCUAGUGAUAGUUUUGUUUUGAAAAACUUGCAGCUGUGACAUUCUAUUUUCAGGAGAAACCUCUGCAGCCCUUGAUGGUAUGUGGCCAACUAUGGUUAAUGAAAGUACAUCUGGCCGACUAAAAGCAUAUCUGGACAAAUCACCAAAGAUACGUAGUAAAGUUAACCCAUCCUUAAUGAGCAAACAAGUUAAAGGGUAUCAAGACAGCAAUGACAACAUGUGUCGCAGUUUGAAAUGA